GACCAUGAACCUCCCCUACCCCUCCUCUCCCCUCCCCUCCCGUCCUCUUCCAUCGUCCUCGCUCGCCCCCUUCCCUCCCGUCUCCUCCUCCUCCUCCAGUCCGGCCCCUCCCCCCCGGAUUCACAAGGAGCACUUCGAUCGAGCCGGACAAGACAACGACGAGGACAAGUAGAAGAAGAAGACGGAGCGAAGGGGCCGAGCGGAAGAAAAGAGGAAGACGAAGAGGAAGGGAACCGAGACGAGGAGAGGAGAGGAGAGGGUGGAUCGACGAGGACGACUGUCAUUAAUUUCGGGGGCGCGAGGGCGUUCGCGCGGCCGAUCGAUCGGUCGGUUUCAGAGUGGGGCGAUCCGUCCGCGGGGCUGGCUGUCUGGCGAGACUGGAUUGCGAUUGGAGACUGAUCGAUCGGAUGCGGGAAGCAGCAGCGCGAGCAAUUGGAGUGCAGAUGCAGGAAGGCCAUCUGUGGUGAAUUGGACGAAUUGGACUCGUAGUUGCGCAGGUGCGGGUAGAUGGCGGCCCAAACAGCGAGAAGAUGUUCGGGGUUAGUGGACCGGAUGAUGGCCUAUGGGUCCAGAGGCCUUGCCAGGCAGUCAAUUUUGGAGCCGCUGUCUGCCAGCUCAACAAUGCCGAAUGACAAGUCUACCGCUACUUCUGGCAAAUUCAUGCAGCGAAGGCCUUACUCCGGCGAGACGACCGUCACUGCGACCUUGUUUCCUGGUGAUGGUAUUGGACCUGAAAUAGCCGUCUCCGUCAAAGAGAUCUUCAAAGCUGCUCAAGUGCCUAUCGAGUGGGAGGAGCACUUUGUUGGAAAGACGGUGGAUCCACGAACCGGUAGCUUUCUGACCUGGGAAAGCAUGGAAUCUGUCCGGCGGAAUGGGAUAGGGUUGAAAGGACCAAUGGCUACUCCAAUUGGCAAGGGUCACAAGUCUCUCAAUCUGACUUUACGCAAAGAGUUGGGCUUGUAUGCCAAUGUGAGACCAUGCCUUAGUAUUCCCGGGUACAAAACACGGUACGAUAAUGUGGACUUGGUAACCAUCCGAGAAAAUACUGAGGGCGAGUAUAGUGGGUUGGAGCAUCAGGUCGUGAAGGGUGUAGUGGAGAGUUUGAAGAUCAUUACAAGGCAAGCCAGUUUGCGAGUUGCGGAGUAUGCCUUUCACUAUGCUCAAACUCACGGAAGAAAGCGUGUAUCUGCUAUUCACAAAGCUAAUAUCAUGAAGAAGACGGAUGGGCUUUUCUUACAGUGCUGUCGGGAAGUAGCAGAGAAGUACCCCGAUAUCUUGUACGAGGAAGUUAUUAUUGACAAUUGCUGCAUGAUGCUGGUGAAGAACCCAUCAUUGUUUGAUGUUCUUUGCAUGCCCAAUUUAUAUGGUGAUAUUAUCAGCGAUUUGUGUGCUGGUUUGAUUGGAGGCCUCGGCUUGACUCCCAGUGGCAAUAUCGGAGACAAUGGCCUUGCUUUGAUGGAGGCGGUACAUGGUACAGCACCUGACAUUGCGGGAAAGAAUAUGGCGAAUCCUACUGCUCUUCUUCUGAGCUCCGUCAUGAUGCUCCAGCAUCUAAAUAUGAAUGAUAAAGCAGAUUUGAUUCACAAAGCCAUUCUACAAACCAUUGCGGAAGGAAAGUAUUUGACAGGUGACUUGGGCGGCAAAGCUGGAACAACAGAUUACACGAAGGCUGUCAUUGACAAUUUGGGGUCUUCUUAAUAUACCAACGGAUGGAUAUUUCGAGAACCCUUUCUGUACAUUUAUUAUCUAAUGGUCUCGGAACUACCCAAGGCCUCAGGCUAGUUGUGGGCUGUCUCGGCUAUCACCUUUUAACGAGUUUGAUAUGAUUUGUCGUUAGGGAGAGUAUCAAGCAUGUUUGUCGUCGCAGGGUUGUUCUUUCUUACUCGGAAUUUUUGUAUCAUUCACGAUUGCAGAGAAUUUUCUCGUCUUAGCCAAAUAUGCCUUUGUUGAUGACGACCCUUUUGUGCUUCUCCCUGGAAGGAUUUAUUAGCCUAACCAUAAGUACCUGAUGGAAGACAACAAUGCUGAGAGGUAAAUCUAGCAAGCCUGUUUCAUCUACUGGAAAAGCUUGAGCAUGUGUAAAACAGUCCAGAAACCUUGAAGCAGUCCUGAAAUAGAAUACCAUCGUAGCCUCAAAGUUUCUGUUUCAACUGACACUCAGCUUUCAAUCGGGUAUCAAGCUGUGAUGAGUCUUCUAGCAGUUUGAGCUGGGUGGAUGAGUUUACCACGGGAAUUGUUGAAUUGGGACAGUAUUUUGGUUUAGUGUUAUCUCUUUCGAGCUUUGCGUUAUAUCGUUCGUGAUCGAUGAACGAAUUUUUUUCAGUUGUGUUCCGAGAGUUCUGCUCAUACCAACCACGCAUACAUGGGAGACGACAAAAGCUUUCGCUUCCAAGUCUUUCACUUGUCAAGUUUUUCAAGGAAAUUUACAAAACGGAUUUUUUUUUACCCGUUGACCUUUAAUAAUGGUGAGAUCAGCGGAUAGUAAG